AUGGCGGUCCUCGAACCCUACAAGGGAGGCUAUUACCUUUGGAAAUAUCUCCCCUCGAUUCCCGCGGCUGUAAUAUUUUGCAUCUUGUUCAUAAUCGCCACCGCGGCACAUGCGUGGCGUUUAUACAAAACACGACGAUGGUUUGCCAUUCCGUUCGCCAUUGGUGGAUAUAUGGAAAUCAUAGGAUACGCGACUCGAGCGUCAGCGCAUGACAGAACUGGAAAAUUGAUGCCCUAUGUUAUUCAGAAUAACAUGAUCCUGCUGGCGCCCGUUCUAUUCGCGGCAUCUAUAUACAUGACUUUACAGAAGAUCAUCAAUAACGUCCGCGGCGAGAAACAUGCAAUCAUACGCCCAGCCUGGUUGACCAGGUUGUUCGUCGCUGGAGAUAUCUUAGCCCUCAUGAUUCAAGGCGGUGCAGCGGGUCUGAUGGUGGUCGCUUCGCAGGCUCAGUUAGGGCAAACCGUUGUUAUCAUUGGAUUGGUCUUGCAGGUGGUGAUGUUUGGUCUCUUCUGGGCCACAGCAGCUGUCUUCCAUAUCAGAAUGCGUCAUGAUCCGUCAGUGAUCUACAUUUCUGUUGACAUCAAGUGGCAAGAGACUUUAUGUAUGCUCUACGGUGUCAGUGCAUUGAUAAUGAUUCGGUCGGUCUUCCGCAUAGUGGAAUUUGUUAUGGGGGCUGAUGGCUAUCUGUUGAGAAAUGAAUGGGCCAUGUACCUCUUCGACUCGGUACCGAUGUGGCUCGUGAUGGCGGUUUUCUGGCAGUGGUUUCCGGAUACUAUCUCUAAUCACAACAGUUUCUACUCUGUUACUUCCAUGACUGUUCUCGACCCGGCUCCGGGACCUGUGGGUUCCGUUACUGAUACCACUGGUUAUACAAACCGGACGGGGGUCAAACCAUAG